AUGGAAGACGCUCCAUUAAACAAUGCGCAUUUUUACGCUCGUAAGGCUGAAAGUUUAUUGAAAUUAAACAGUGCUGAAAAAUUUAAUAGCAUCAAUUAUUUAGAGAAGUGCAUCGAAUGCCUUGAUCAUGCUUUAAGCCAAACGCAAUCACCAAAAGCUAUAGAAUCAUUAAAACUUCAAAAAAAUCACCAUAUUAAACAACGAGACUUGAUUCUGCAUCACUAUGAAAAGUACAAGAAAAAUGAACAAAAACUGGAAACAACAAAUGUUCCAUUUAAUGAACGAGUUAUAAAUUCUAACAAAAUUCAACUUGACCUGUUUGAAAAUAUUGACAACACCGAUACGUUGCUAGAAGAACUUCAAAAGAUACAUCCAGAUCUACAACCAGCUAUAGAACUUCAGCAAGUAAAUUCACAACUUAACGUCUUGCUCUAUCAAUUGAUAACACAAUUCGAUGAAACCAUUCAAGAAAAUGAUAUAUUAAAGGAAAAAAUUAAAGCACUUGAGACUGAAAAGAGAACGAAAGUGGAGAAGAAAACUGACUGCAGCCUAGAUGAAAGACAUGACGAGUUGAGACUUUCACCAGAUGCCAUUGAGGCUCAUGAAGAAUUCGCUCCUUUGGAUCUCCCAGAAUUUGAUCUGGGAACUCUUGAUGUUCCCAAAUUAUAAAUUAUCAUAUGUUUUAAGAUUCAAUUUUAAUAUUUUUAAUUAAAUAGAUUUUUUCUUUACUGUAUCACACAUAGAAGAA